AUGAUUGUGAUCCACUUGCAGAGUGUGUGUGUGCUGAUGGCCCACUCCGGUACCAGCCCGGUCCGCCAGAAGAGAGAAUGGGCCACCCCUCCGAGGCCGCUGACUGAAAAUCACGACUACACGAGUGAGGAGUCCAUCGCCAAGAUUCAAUCCGAUUAUAAAUAUCAUGAGAGAAUUACCUACACUCUGGAGGGUGAGGGCGCCAACGAGGACCCAAUGGACGUCUUCGUGGUCAACCGCCAAACUGGAAUCAUACGAGUCACCAAAGUGCUGGACAGGGAGGAAAUAGGCAUAUACAACUUGUUCGGCAUCGCAAAGUAUGAUAACGGCACCCUUGCAGAGGAAAAGAUGAAAAUCCAAGUCCAGGUGGUGGAUGAAAACGACAACGCCCCGGUGUUUGACGCCAUGAAGCCGGUGGACGUGUACGAACUGAGUGUGCCAGGAACGCCCGUCACGACUGUCACUGCAACAGAUGCUGACGAGCCGGGAAACAUGAACUCUCAGCUGGUCUACUCCAUCGUGAAGCAGGAACCUCCUCAUGGCAUGUUCGCCAUGAACCGCUAUGGGAACAUCUUGGUCCAGGAGCCUUCUCUGGACAGAGAGAGAGAAGAUCAGUACAUCUUGACGGUGAAAGCUCAGGAUCUCAAUGGCAGUCCUGAGGGACUCACUGGGACCAGUACUUUGACCAUAAAUGUACUAGAUGUCAAUGACAACCCUCCAACUACAGAAAAAGAAAAGUAUGAGGGCAGCAUUGAGGAGAACACGCACGGUGUGGAGGUGAUGAGAAUCAAAGCACAAGACUUGGACCUGAAGGGCACGGAAAAUUGGGAAGCCAUCUUUGAUAUCGACAAAGGCAACGAGGCCAACUACUUCAGCAUCAAGACAGAUCCAAAUACCAACGAGGGCAUCCUCAUGCUUGAUCAGGCUGUGGAUUAUGAAAAAGUGAAAACCCUGGACCUUGGACUUACAGUGAGGAACAAGGCUACACUUUUUGGCAAAGUUACGGAAAGCACAACAUACAAAACGUAUCCUGUCAAAAUCAGCGUAAAGAAUCAGCGUGAAGGACCACGUUUUGAUCCCAAAGUCAAAGACAUUCCCAUGUCUGAGGAAGACUCCAACAACAUUAAAAAAGUCAUUGCCCGCUACCCAGCGAUAGACCAGGACACUGGAAAACCAGCUGAGAAAGUCAAAUAUAUUAAAAGUUCUGACCCUGACAACUGGCUCACCAUCGACCCAGACACUGCUGAUAUCAAAUUGAACAAGAUGCCUGACAGAGAGUCUCCUUUCCUAGUUAAUGGCACAUACUUCGUCGAAGUACUCUGCAUUUCGAAAGAGAUGCCCUUAAGCACCGCCACUGGCACUGUGGGCAUCCAGGUGGAAGAUUUCAAUGACCACUUUCCCACCCUGACUAAUACCAUCGAGACUCUGUGCAUUCCAAACAAUAACUUUUUUGUCACCGCUGUCGACGAGGACGACUUCCCAAACGGAGCUCCUUUUACCUUUGAAAUCAUCCCAGAGCGCACGAAAGGAAAAUGGCAGGUGGAACAUCUAAAUGAUACUACGGCCAUCUUGAGGACCCAGGAGUCCCUGUGGCCUGGUUUACAUGAGGUGGUAUUGCUGGUGAAGGACAUGCAGGGGGAGGCCAGUCUGCAACCGCAGAAGGUGACGGUCCAGGUGUGUACUUGCGAGGACGGAGCGAUUUGUGGGAGACGAGGAGCCCACGGUCAGCCCGGGAAAAGAGCAGAGCUUGGACCCGCAGCCAUUGGACUGCUACUCCUGGGCCCGCUGCUUUUUCUACUCAUUCCACUGCUACUGCUCUCCUGCCAAUGUGGGGAUGGUGUUGGGAAACCACGGGCCAUACAAGACCAAUCGUCUCAUUGCAGUUCCCACCUGAUCAACUACUGCACCGAGGGCAAGGGGGACAACACGAAAGUGCCACGGACCUACGUGCCGGCAAAGAUGUUCUCGGGAGGUUGGUCCGAAGACGUUUUCGAUUCCGUUUUGGAGGGAAGGAAUGACAAACGGUUGUGGGCCAUGACUCAGGAAAAGUGGAAAAACCUGGGCUCCAGGUUUGAGGGCGGAGAAGUCGGAGCAGAAAGAGCCGCAGAAACCUAUGACAGCAUCGCUCUGCCAGAUCACAUCCUCGCCCAAUACUACAUGCAGAAGUCGCAGCAUGGAGGAAAGAACCUGGCGGUGGCAGAUGCUGUCUUGAAAUACAACUAUGAGGGUCAAGGUUCCUCCACCGGCUCACUGGACUGCUGCAGCCUCCUGGAGUUCAGCAACGACUUGCAGUUCCUGGAUGACCUUGGGCUGAAGUUCAAGACCCUGGCAGAGUUGUCCGCUGGCAAGAAAAUCCAACAGGUCACUCCCCUGCCCAGCACCUCCCCGACAAAAGUUGUGAGCAAACGCCUGCCUGAGCCCCUCAAGCUGCCACCAGUAGACCACACGGUGAUGCGGGACACGGAUCACUCUUAUGUGCGGAAGAACCAUACAAUGUCCACAGAGGUGGAACGGGUGGGGAAUCAGGGCCAGGUGGUCCUGCUCCAGCAGCAGCAGCAGCCUCUUUACUACACCGCCACUUCCCCUGUGCUGCAACCCAUGCAGUAUGUAGUCCAGCCACAAGUCCAGAACACCCUGCUGCUGGCUGAGGCCCCAGCUACCAACCUCCAGGGCAUGAUGCUGGCCGCACCCGCACAAGGAGUGCUUGUGCAGGGGCGGGCAAUGGUGUCCGGCGGGCCGACACAGAACCCUGGCAUGGUGCUGGUGGAAAACGCCGAGGUCCAGAAUGCCGCACAAGGCAUGAUAGUGCAGGGCCGGACGAUGGUGUCCGGCGGGCCGACACAGAACCCUGGCAUGGUGCUGGUGGAAAACGCCAAGGUCCAGAAUGCCGCACAAGGCAUGAUAGUGCAGGGCCGGACGAUGGUGUCCGGCGGGCCGACACAGAACCCUAGCAUGGUGCUGGUGGAGAACCCCAAGGUUCGGACCAUCGGAGGAAGAUCUGGCGUGCAGGCCAUGAUGGUCGUAGAAGGCAAUGUCCCUGCAGGGUCAAUCAAGGUGCCAAAGGGGAUCCAAACUUCCCUGCAGCCAGGAAGGAUUUCAGGAGCUGAGAGAAUCCUGGUGGUCAAAGGAUCAUCCAGGGGAAGUGGGCAGACCCCCCAAGAAGCAGGAGGUGUGUCCCUGAAGAGGAACGCCUAUGCAUUACUCAACAGCAAGACCGGUGAGAUGGUUUCAUCCAGCAAAACCUCAACAUACCAAAAGGUGGCGGUGCAGGAGAAGCACAAAUAACGGAUUUUACGAGACUUGAUCCGGUCCAUUUAAUGGAGGGAGGUGUUACGAGUCUAAAUACCAGCAGGCUCCGCCCCUCCAACAGCGGCCCAAAGGAUACCGUGGCUACAGUUCCUCACUGGAUAUGAAAACAAAUCAAAUAUUGGAACUAUCAAGACGCCCCAACUUGUCUUGAAGAACCUGGCCUGGUCUUAAAGGAACUGUGC